GAGACUAGUACACAGGGUCUUGUUCUGCCUUGUUUUGAGCACAUCUUUUAUUGAUUUAAACACCUUCCAUCUUCACCUUAUUCUUGAGAUUUCAGUACCCAGGCCUUGGUACAUAUUAAGAGUAUGCCCCAAACAGGCAUACUUCUAUACCUCCUUGAUUUCAUCACUUCUCCACUUCUAUUUGGUUCUGUUUUAUGUUUUCUGACAGCACAUAUUUUGGUUCCAUACAGUUUGUCUUAUGGCCUAUUUCUGAGCUAUAGGUGUCCAUCUCUGUCAGCAUGGUUUGCUGCUGAUCUGAGAUAGCCAUAUUAUAACUAGGCAGGCCAUGUUGCAAGGUUCACAAACAACAAAUGAACCUGUACAGUUAUUGAGCAGUAUCCAAGAGAUGAGAAAAAGUUUCUCAGAAAGUCUCCACAAUAAUGGGAAAAUAAUUUAAUUAUAUAACUUCUGUGAAGAUGGAAAAGAAGGACACGAGAAAAAAUUGGAAGCACUUGUCACCAGUGUAAAAUAUCAAACAGUUUGAUUAAUACAGGUGAUAAUGUUAAAUAUCCUAACAACUUAAUCUUGCAGUAAUGUAGAUAUGGUGUUCUAGCAACAUUACACAACUCACUUCGUGCAAAUAUCUAAAUUUACACACUCUUCCAACCCAUUAUGAGCUAGAGAAAUAAACAUGUAAAAAUACAUUACUCCUUAAAAUUCCAAUCCAUGCUAACAUGGAGGAUGGAAUAUUAAAUGAUGAUGAUGCUCAUAAUGUACUUGAACAAAAUUAUGAAGAACCAGCUGUUGAAACGGAUAACUUCACAAAGACAUGCAGUAUUUGAUUAACAAAGCACAAUCUUUAACGAUCAAUUAAUGUUCGCGUUAAACAUUUAAUGAACAGCAGGAAAAACGCUUUCUAACUGAAGACAAACGAGUUACAUACAACACAACCCUCAAAAUAAUGAAUUCUUUAUUACACUUGGGAGACUUGUAUCAAUGGCCUAUUUUAUACUUCUCUAGAAAAUUUCUCACACCCAAAUACACGAAGUUAGUGUCAGUUGCGACAAUUGGCACUAGGUAGCGGAAGUAGUGUUUGUCCGGCUUUACCAAGUCACCAAAACCGGAGUCUUUACGAAACCCCUCCCACCUACUUUGCAUACGCCAAAGAAAAGAAACCAGGCUAAACUUUCUGGGAUACGCAACUUAUAUCACCAAUUAUAGAAGAAAAACUUUAUUUAAUAUUUCAGUUUUAUAUUACUGUAGUAAUUUAUUUUGUUAUAGUUACUGUGUGUUUCAACUGAUUUCAUCAUGGACUGGAAUACCAAUAACCGGUCAACAGUUUCCACCCAGGGUCUACCGCCGUUCCCUCGAUGUUUCAGCAGGGACGUAAACACACCAACAUUGAUUGUCAAGUGGUGAUGUGGGGAACAAACAGACACAAGGAUACACACACAGAAGAGCUUCUUUCAGUUUCCAUCUACCAAAUCCACUCACAAGGCUUUGAUCAGCCCAAGGCUGUAGUGGAAGACAUUUGCCAAAGGUGUCCUGCAGUGGGGCUGGACCUGGAACUAUGUGACUUGUAGAUACAGAUACCAUGAAUAAUAACAAUGUAACUAGUUACCAGCAAGAAAGUGAAAGAAUUCCCAGAGAGAAGCUUGAAAACUUAUGUAAAGAAAAAAUACUUUCACACUUUGAUGUUUCACCAGAGGACAAUGAUCUGGAUCAAAAACACUGGAGGAAUUCCUCGUUUUGUAAAUUGAAUCUAGCUUUGGUACGCUUGCGUUCAGAAAUGAGAAAGAAAACCAGAAAGAAGUUUCAGUUGAAUUUUUGUGUCAUUCAACAUAUCACCCCUUAUUCAUCUAAAUUCAAGCCACUUAAGGCUUGCCUUCGCCAUUUGGAUUUGAACCUUUUAUGUCAACUUUGGAGCCUGAGUGAUGCUAUACAGGACUAUAAAUUUACUCUUCAAGACAGGCAUUCAGAAAGUAAUUCUGAAUGUUCAUCAACUUUCUGUUGGACUGAUUCUUUAGCAAGCUUUGAUGACUUUGAUUCUACAGAUGACCAUUUAGCUGACACAUGCUCUAUUGGAAGAAGUGACUCUUUCUGUGGCAGCACUUCAAGUCUUUGGCAACAAAUCAAUGAACUAAAAGAAAAAGCUGAAACUGAUUUUACAAUUGGAGUAUAAAUAUAUUGGAAAAAAGAUUUUUUUUUGUUUUAUAAAAGUAACAUAACUGACAGAAAAAAACAAGUAUUUUUUAAAUACCACAACAGAUUAUUGAAAAUAGCUUUAUUAUUAAAAUAUAUUUUCAUAGUACCUCAUUUUGUUGAUAUAGUAUAUUGAUAUUUUACAUAGGUACAAGAUUAACAGCCUUUUAGUUCAUUCUAUUUUUUUAAUGAUCUAAUGAACAGAUAAAAUAGGAAGGAAUGUUAAGAAUAUCAUUGGGUGCUUAUAUGAGCUUUGGUCUGUUAAUCCUUUUGAUAUCAAGACACCUGAGACUGCCCUUGGUUCCAUCAUACAAAUCUCCUCUUUUAAAAUGCACUAUUUAUGUUCCAAACACAAGCUUUAAAAUGAUAGUUGUUUUUUUUUUUUUAAUUCUUCAUUAUUUCAAAAUUGAUGGAAACAGAGAGCAUAUUUUAACAAAAAUAUGAUAAUAAAAGCGGUAAAGGAGACUAUAAAUUGAAUCUAAUCCAAAUCUACAGAUCUGUUUGUUCCCUAUACUUUAAAAGGUUUCUUUCAUGACAUAUGAAUUAAAUUAGAGUUCAUCCCAGCUAUCACAAUGUUGAAACAUUUCAUCCUUGAUAGAUGCACUUUUCUUUUACACUUCAUGGGGGGGAAAAAACUGGAUACACUGUAACAAGACAUAUCAUUUCAAUGAUGCCUUUUUUGGUGUCUGUUUACAGCUAUUGAGAUGUUUUUACCGAAGAUACAGCACAAAACUGGUACCAUGGUUUGAAAUGAAUCCUGUCCACUGUUGUAUUUCUAAGUUAGACACUCAACCAUAUGUAUUAACAUAGAUAAAAUAAUAACCAGUAAAUACUGAAGGUUGUGGUUUUCAUGUAUAAUCUUACUCCUUACUGAAAGAGCUUCAUACUUAAACAAAAGUUUAAAUACUGGCAGAAGUGUCAUAUAUGGACGAAUAAGGUACAAGACUCUUGAUUACCUGAGAUACAAACCUACAGCUAGAUGCAUUAGUAUACUUGCUUAGAAAAAUAUAGCUUUAUAUAAUACAGAAUCAAGUAAGAACAUAUACCAUUCUCUCUUAACCAUUGUUAGUAAAAUGCUGCUUUAGUGAUAAUCAAUUGGCAUUUUACCACUUAUCAUCCUUCCAUCAUUCAUGAUAGUUUUCCUAAGUGUGGUCAGAACUGGAAGUGAGUAAGAACUAUUAUAAUAAUUUUAUCUGUCUGUCCAAACCUUCCUGCUUGACUUUCUUUUAUGUUUCUUAGGAUUUGAUUAAAUACAUAUCUGUUAUA